AUGGAUGCCAGCCUUUUUGAUCCACGAGCACCGAAUGUAACCAAAGGCGAAAUGAUACAUUUCUUAAAAAAACACGAAACCGAAAUCCAUCUGCGCUCAUCACUCACCAAACUCGAUCCUCGUCGCCGGUCAUCCGCCAACCUGCCCACAGCUGCCAGGAAUAUAACUCGCACCAGCCCUCGUCUCAGCUCUCCCCGCACGGAACCCGCGGUCAAUCCCAACAUACCAGGCUCAGAUACUAGACUACGGGCUCGACGUGGGAGUCCCCAGAUCCCAGGAAUCGUUCAAGCGCUUUGGCAAGCGCCAUUAACGACAUCCCCCGCUACAAUCACCAGUGUUGGUGAUGGCCCAAACCCACGAGUCAGGUCGGUUCCUAGUUCGACACCCGAGACGCCGGCCUUGGUGGGAGGGGAGCCCCAGGAUCAUGGAGGACUUGCCACCUUACUGGCUGGCGGAGUUGUUCAAAACGUCAAAGCCAACGAUCUCAAUUCAACUGAAUGGACUGUCAUAGAGGUGUCCGAAGUAUCUUCCAAAACCAACACUGGGGAAGACAUCCUGCUCCCCAUUCGGGUCCCAGGUCUGGGAAUCAGCAGUAUGAGCAUCGAAUCACCAACAGUUUGUUCCGCUUCCCUCCACGAAACCCAGCAGCUACCUGGAGCUUUUCCUGUCGGCCUGCCUCGGUCCUUGCCAACCUAUCCCCCCCGCAAAAUCCACACCGACGCGGCCAUCCCUCUAACUCGCAAUGUGAUUGGACACAUCUCAGCCAUGAUACCAUUUUCAGGUCCAGUUGUGACCAGUGCCAGCAAACAAAUUUUGGGGUUUGUGAACAAUGCUCUUCUCAAGCUAUGCCAGUUAUCAAUAGCUAGAAAACCAAGCAAUCAGACCUCACCAAGCAACCUUGAUGAUUGUGAAGCCUCAAGUUCAGUAACCGCCGAGGUCGAGGAAUCUAUUCUAUCUUCAUCGGUGCUUGGUGGCGCAUGA